GGGCGGGAGCGCAGGGGACUUGAGGGCGCGAGGCCCGAACAUGGGGCCCGCCAGCCCCGCCGCUCGCGGUCAGGGCCGCCGCCAGGGCUCGCCGCCGCCGCCGCUGCCGCUGCUGCUGCCACUGUCGCUGCUGCUGCUGCUUCUGCGCGCGCAGCUCGCCGUCGGGAGCCUGGCCGGUGGGAGCCCCGGCGCGGCCGAGGCUCCGGGGUCAGCCCAGGUGGCUGGACUAUGUGGGCGUCUGACCCUCCAUCGGGACCUGCGCACCGGUCGCUGGGAGCCAGACCCCCAGCGAUCGCGACGCUGUCUCCUGGACCCGCAGCGCGUGCUGGAGUACUGCAGACAGAUGUACCCCGAGCUGCACAUCGCGCGUGUGGAGCAGGCUGCGCAGGCCAUCCCAGUGGAGCGCUGGUGUGGGGGCACCCGAAGCGGCAGAUGUGCCCACCCCCACCAUGAAGUUGUGCCCUUCCACUGCCUGCCUGGUGAGUUCGUAAGCGAAGCCCUGCUAGUGCCCGAAGGCUGUCGCUUCUUGCAUCAAGAGCGUAUGGACCAGUGUGAGAGCUCCGGCAGCAGGCAUCGCGAGGCCCAGGAGGCCUGCCGCUCCCAGGGUCUCAUCCUGCACGGCUCCGGCAUGCUUCUGCCCUGCGGCUCUGACCGGUUCCGAGGUGUGGAGUAUGUCUGCUGCCCGCCUCCAGCAACCCCCAACCCUUCCGGGAUGGCAGUUGGUGACCCCUCUACCCGGUCCUGGCCCCUGGCGGGCAGAGCAGAGGGAGGUAAGGAUGAGGAAGAGGUCGAACCCUUCCCUCAGCCGGUAGACGAUUACUUCGUGGAGCCCCCUCAGGCUGAAGAGGAGGAGGAGGAGGAGGAAGGGGCCCCACCCCCCAGUUCCCACACUCCUGUCAUGAUCAGCACAGCCACUCCCACCCCAAGGCCCACUGAUGGCGUGGACGUUUACUUCGGCAUGCCCGGGGAAAUCAGCGAGCACGAGGGGUUCCUGAGGGCCAAGAUGGAUCUGGAGGAGCGGAGGAUGCGACAGAUUAAUGAGGUGAUGCGCGAGUGGGCCAUGGCCGACAACCAGUCAAAGAACCUACCGAAAGCGGACAGGCAGGCCCUGAACGAGCACUUCCAGUCCAUCCUGCAGACCCUGGAGGAACAAGUGUCCGGUGAGCGGCAGCGCCUGGUGGAGACCCACGCCACCAGGGUCAUCGCCCUGAUCAAUGACCAGCGGCGAGCUGCCCUGGAAGGCUUCCUGGCAGCCUUACAGGGCGAUCCGCCUCAGGCCGAGCGGGUUCUGACCGCCCUGAGGCGCUACCUGCGUGCCGAGCAGAAGGAGCAGAGGCACACCCUGAGACACUACCAGCACGUGGCCGCCGUGGAUCCCGAGAAGGCCCAGCAGAUGCGCUUCCAGGUGCAAACCCACCUUCAGGUGAUUGAGGAGCGGAUGAAUCAGAGCCUGGGGCUGCUUGACCAGAGCCCUCACCUGGCUCAGGAGCUGCGACCCCAGAUCCAGGAGCUUCUCCACUCUGAACGCUUGGGUCCCAGCGAACUGGAGGCCUCUGUGCCGGGGAGCAGCAGUGAAGACAAGGGUGGGCUUCAGCCUCUGGAAUCCAAGGAUGACACCCCGGUGACUCUUCCAAAAGGGUCCACAGAUCAAGACUCUUCCUCCCCGGGGAAAGAGAAGCUGUCCCCACUGGAGCAGUACGAGCAAAAGGUGAAUGCAUCUGUCCCAAGGGGUUUUCCCUUCCAUGCGUCUGAUAUCCAGCGGGAUGAACUGGCACCAGCUGGGACUGGAGUGUCCCGAGAGGCUGUGUCGGCUCUGCUGAUCAUGGGAGCCGGAGGGGGCUCCCUCAUUGUUCUGUCCUUGCUGCUUCUGCGCAAGAAGAAACCCUAUGGGACUAUCAGCCACGGAGUGGUGGAGGUGGACCCCAUGCUGACCCUGGAGGAGCAGCAACUCCGGGAACUUCAGCGGCAUGGCUACGAGAACCCCACCUACCGCUUCCUGGAGGAACGACCCUGACCCCGCCCCCGGCUGAGCCCACACUGCCCCUCUUCCUGGCCCUCAGUCCCAACUCCCAGCCUCGGGUGGGGGAGGGAGAUCUUGACAAAUUCGUUCUUAUUUUCCCUUUCCCGGUUCAAAAUUCCACGCCCCCAUCCUAGAAAUUCCUAGCUGCUGCCCUUAAUUUAUUUUAUGUUAAUUUAUUGCUCCUUUAAGGUGACAGCCACCCGGGUCCCAGUGUAUGUCGCCCCCUGGAAUUCACUGUCCCGUUUCUUCACUAACACCCCAAUAAAGCUGUCUUUCCCCACCA